UGACCGCUAGGUGUCAGCCUUGACCAUCCUUACAGAAGCGCGCGCGGCUUAGAUUUUUAUUUUCUCCGCGCGCCGCUACACUCGACAUUACCGCUUUAGCUUGAUAACAUGAAUGCUAGCCGUCACGAGCCUCAGGCGAAAUGCUUUUCAUCACGGUGGGGAUUUCGCAGCACACACCGCGGACACGGCUCCCUGUAACUCGAACGAGAUGGCUCUACGUUAGUAAACCGAGCAACUAAAAGACCUAGUCGUCUGUUUAAUCUCAGCCGGUGAAGAGGGGGGAAAUGACCCAGCUGAGUGUCCGCCGCUGGACGCCGAAACACGUUGCCAAGUGGUUGAGAGAAGAAGGCUUCUGCGACUAUGUGGAUCUACUGUGCAACAAGCACCGCCUGGACGGCACGAGCCUGCUCGCCCUCAGCGAGUAUGACCUCCGCUCGCCGCCCCUGGAGCUCAAGGUGCUGGGAGACAUCAAAAGGCUGAUGAUGUCCAUCCGCAAGCUUCAAAAACAGAACAUGGACCUGCUGGAAGAGCUCGGCGUUCCCUUCGAGGGGCUUUCUCCUUCAGGUUCUGGGGGCACCUUGGACUGGUUAUGCAACGGAGACUCGAACAGGGACUCUGACGGCACCGACACGGCGCCGGUGGGAGAGGAGUACCAGCAGUACACUAACGGCAAAUACAAGCAACAGAUGAGGCGCCUCGAUCCUGAGUACUGGAAGACGGUGCUGAGCUCGGUGUACGUGGUGUUUGUGUUCGGGUUCACGUCCUUCGUCAUGGUCAUAGUGCAUGAACGCGUGCCUGACAUGCGCACAUACCCUCCACUGCCAGAUAUUUUCCUCGACAGCGUUCCUCGAAUCCCCUGGGCUUUUGCCAUGGCUGAGGCGUGUGGGGUGAUCCUCUGUAACAUCUGGCUGCUGGUUCUGCUGCUGCACAGACACAGGUCCAUCCUUUUGCGGCGCUUGUGCAGCCUGAUGGGCACCGUGUUUAUGCUGCGUUGCAUCACCAUGUUUGUCACCUCACUGUCAGUGCCAGGACAGCACCUGCAGUGCUCUGGGAAGAUGUAUGGGGACAUGUGGGCCAAACUGCAGCGGGCUGUGGCCAUCUGGAGCGGCUUUGGGAUGACUCUGACCGGAGUGCACACGUGUGGCGACUACAUGUUCAGCGGCCACACUGUCGUUCUCACUAUGCUCAAUUUUUUUGUGACAGAAUACACUCCCCGGAGCUGGAACUUCAUUCACACCCUCUCCUGGGUCCUCAACCUUUUUGGUAUUUUCUUCAUCUUGGCCGCACACGAACACUACUCCAUCGACGUGUUCAUAGCCUUCUACAUCACUACCAGACUCUUUCUAUACUACCACACUCUGGCCAACACCCGCGCCUACCAGCAGAGCCGGCGGGCCCGCAUUUGGUUCCCUAUGUUCUCUUUCUUUGAGUGCAACGUCAACGGGCCUGUCCCCAACGAAUACUGCUGGCCCUUCUCCAGACCUGCUAUGAUGAGGAGGCUCAUCGGAUAGCAGGUUUUUUUUUUUUCAACUUUUUUUGAAGUUGCCAACUAUAUUCUGACUUGACAUCAAUCAUUUUUUAAAAUUUUAUCCGCAGAACUCUUCUACAACAGUCAUCAUGUUGCGAUCAGUAUUUUGUUACUUAUAAUUCAAAGGGAUUUUGUUUAAUGUAGCAGAAAUAGCAUUGUUGUCGUACCUUCUAACCUGGUCUUCAUAGUUGCCUAAAGUUUCAGAUGCUUUUAUGUCAUCAUUGACCUGCUGAUGCUCUAAAAUUCACUUCCUUAGAGAAAAAGCCACAUUUUCAAGUAUAAAUGUGUAUCAAGAUGUUUAGUAAAUAAUUUUCUUCGUUUUAAGAAUUCAUAUCUCAGAGUUUUUUUUUUGGUGUGUAGAUACUGUGUAGAAAAAUGCAUUCAGGAUGAGUUCAGUUUCAGCCAAAUACUUAAGAUGAAAGCUCUUUCUUUUCCAUCUGUCUUAAAUUCCAUUUGCCAAUUACCCAGAGUGUUCGGAUGAUUGCUUUUUGUUUUUUUUCCACAUUGGAUAUGUGUAUUUUUUCAAGUAAAAGAGAUGAUUUCCUCCUUUGUGAAUGAUCAGAAACAGAACAAAAAGGAGCUUUCCCUUCUUCUAAUAUCGUGACAUAAAUCUGCACUAAGCUGAUCUUUAAAUUUGUACGUAUUUUGUUUGUAUUUAUUUUCUUUUAUAGAUGUCAACAGUUAUUUUUGUAUUCCCCUAUACAGUACAGAGUUAUGGCAACAUGCACAUGGAGAAAAAAAUGUUUACAGUUGCUCUAAACUAUGUAUUUGCAAAAUACUGUGAUGUGCUAUUUGAUGUUGUUGAUUUGAAAUCGUGAAAGGAGCCGUCAGUUUGGUCGUUGCGGCAUAUUGGAGACCUCUUUGUUUCUAAAAGAAAUUAAAAGGUGGAUAUUUUUCUUUUGUUAAGACGGGAGGUGUUUUAUGCUGCCAGUUCUUGUUUCUUGUCAGACAUUUUCAUCAUUAAAAAGCUGGAAAAGCAA